GGCGCGAUUCCAGGGAGCAGGCGGCACUACAGCGGAACAGCCAGGGAGCGACCGCUGGGUAGUAACAGCGACGACGGGGGCGAACGUCUCAAAAACGCACCGUAACAUCCACGCAGACACCGGGACAAAACACACAGCAAUCGCAGCGCUCCGAAGAGGCAUUUCUGGGUGCUAAAGUGUUGCGACGAGAGCAGGUUCCGCGACUGGAGAGCUGAGAAGCGGUGCGCGCUCGAAGCCCAUUGGCUGGUUGACGGUGCCGCGGUGACGUCAGGCCCUCAGAGCUGGAGGAGUUCUCAGAAUAGACUUCUAGGAAAUGGUAAAUUUUAAAAGCCGAGUUUAUACACAGCGUCCUUCACACAUUUGGAUCUUAUUCCCGUGACAAGACACUCCAAGCCGCGGCGACGGAUUCACAAACUCUAAGACUGAAUUAUUUCGAUUCAUGUUUUUAAGCUUUAAAGCCGUACUCCGUGUUCUUUAUAUUGGAGAACGCGCACGGACCUGCUUAUUUCCGCGUCCCGAACCCUAUAGAGCAACUCCUAUAAAAACUCAGCGAUCCAGUUCAGUUCCAGUUUUCCACACAAUAUUUUAAAUAUAUUAUAGUUUUUUCUGUUUUUAUUUUUUUUUUAAAGAAGAAACAAUACGGACAGGAUUCAAACCAAGUGGGACUCCAAGGAUAACGCUAUAGUAUGAUUCUUUGUGUGCCUGGCCCUCGAGCUCUUCUGCCUGCUACUGCUUCUUCUGAGGGUCUGCUGGGCAUGCGGACAGAGAAUGUACAAUCAAACUCUUGCCUCCAAAAUCCCCCUCUUUUCUGGGACCCUGUGAAAGACCUGCAGACAAUCGCCAGUAACUUCUGCUAUCUAGAAAAUUCAGGAUGGUAUUGGGGUGCCAUAACAGCAGCACAGGCACACGCUGCACUACAGGAGGCCUCAGAAGGAGCAUUUUUGAUUCGGGACAGCUCUCACCCCAUGUACAUGCUUACACUAUCAGUCCGGACAGCGCGGGGUCCUACCAGUAUACGAAUUCAGUACAAAGGAUCACGGUUUCUACUGGACUCUAGCUCACCGGCUCUCCCUAGUCUCUCCACGUUCCCAAAUAUUCCCAGUUUGGUACAACACUACAUGGGAUCAGUAAAGCAAGCGGAGGAGAAGAAAGAGGAAGACAAAACAAAUUCAAAGAGCAUUCAAGACUCUUCGAUUGUAUUAAAACUGAAACGAGCAGUGUACAAACCUCAAGGACUACCAACACUGCAGCAUCUAACACGCCUGGUUAUAAACAGGCACACGGACUGCCCUGAAUCGCUACCACUCCCCGGGCCCCUUCUGCGCUACGUACAGGACUAUCCCUUCAAGGUAUGAGAAAUGUCCCCCUCUGUGCAUUCAAGUACUUAAAUCUCAGCCAACUUUCAAAGGAAACUGUGAUAAUCGGGAUUUUACUGUUGUUUGUUAAUAAUAAAGAUACUGCAACAUUUGGCAUCACAGUACUGGACACAGGGUCCCCUUAUUUAUGUGAAGCACUCUUAAACAUAAACUACUCACCACCUCAGUAAUGUAAAAAUAAUUACUUGUGAGACUUUGAAUACAUCUCGAUUUAUGGAUGUGGAAAAUGCCUGUUUUAUCAACAUCAAACCAACAGACUCACUGAGGUAUCCUUUUUGACAUUUUAUUUUUUUCUUGGUAAAUAUUUGAUUUUUCUACUUUUUACAUGUGUACAUUUUAUAUUAAAAUAAUUCAUUGAGUCCA